AUGCUGUCUACACUUCGAAACGUCCUCGCCAUAGCGGCAAUGCUGGUCACAUUGUCGGUCACACCGGCCGCUGCACUCCCCAACAUCCGCGUGCUGCCUUUAGGCGACUCUAUCACAAAAGGAACGGGUUCUUCAGGACUAAUUGGCUAUCGCGGGCCAUUGCGACAAAAGCUCCUCAAUCAGGGCGUCAAGGUCAACAUGGUGGGCACGUUAAAGAAUGGCAAUAUGGUGGAUGGACACCACGAAGGACACAGCGGAAAGCUUCUUUCCGAUAUCAACGGAUACUGGCAAAUGCCGAUCAAAGCCCGGCCCAACGUCGUACUCAUCCACGCCGGCACCAAUAACAUGGACCGCGGAAUAGAUCUCGACAUCGCAGCAAGCAUUAUGGCUGAUAUUGUCGACGGGAUCUUCAAAGUCGCUCCGGACGUCACCAUCUGCCUUGCACCUGUUAUCUGGGCCAACGACGCCAAGAUGCAAGUAAACACCGACAAAUUCAACCCUAAGAUCAGGUCGCUUAUCGCUGCGAGACAAAAGUCUGGCAAGCAUAUCCUGGAAGUGCCGAUUGAUAUCAAGAAAGCCGAUCUUGGUGACACGAAACAUCCUAAUGACGAUGGAUAUGAAAAGAUGGCUGAUGCUUGGUUGAAGGCAAUUCUCCAGGCUGAUAAGAAGGGUUGGUUGAAGAUGCCUAUCAAGAUGAGUCCCGAAGAUGCUCCUGGAACUGGCUUGGGGGCAUAA